AUUUUAUUUAUUUUAAUUUUCGGAAUCCUAAAACCUAAAUCCCCCUUAAUUUCUUAAUUAGUAUAUAUUCUUGUAAAUAUUAUACUUUGUUUUUAUUUUAAUUGUUUUACAAUGACAGGUGUACCCUCAAUCCCCGGAAUAGAACGAUCCCUAUUUACUAUAUACUAAUGAUGACAUUUUGUAGGGUUAAGUUAUUGGAUGCUAAUUUUAGCAGAACAGGGACAAGUGCGGGUAAAGAUUGAGAGGGAAAGAGAGAGCAAAGUGCGUUCAGCGCAAUUAAAUUUGGUGCCAGCGGUUUCUCUAAAGAGAUUGAAAUCAGCUUCUAAGAAGAUCUCCUCUUUUUCGUUUUUAAUUUGUGGUUUGAAUUGGAAUUUGGAUUGAGUUUAGGCUAGAGUUUCGUUCUUUUGAUGCCUUUAACUGUUUUUUGUUGUCAAAUAGGUAGGGGCAGGAUGUCAAGCAAGAACGAAGAGGUUUCAAAGCUUAAAAACAAGAUUAUUGAAUGCCAAGAGGAAAUGCUGCAGCUAUUGCAGGAGAAACAGUGAUGGCCUGACAAAUCUAAACUUAUGGAACGGACAAAAGAAAGAGUUGUAGCUGAUCUGAGAAGACAUUCGGUCCAAACAUCUAAAUUUGAAAAGGAACUCAACAAUCUAAACAAUGCCUUGAAACGUGAAGAGAAGUCUGAAACCAAUCUAAAAGAUAUUUUUGACACGAUGCAAGCUGAGCAUGAUGAAUAUAGGAAAGCUAAGGAAAAACAGCUGACAGAAGUAGAGUGUUCGUUGGAUACUAUAGAGAAGAGAUUGUCAGUGACGCUAGAAUAUCGCGUAGAGAUGGAGAAGAGACUAGAAAAUCUUAAUGUUUUCUGUGAGGCUGUGUAUUCUACUCUCAAAUCGAAGGAGUCUAGCCACGUCUCUCUUGUCAAAGAAGCUCAGCUUGAUCAUCCUGGUGGACAAAAUGGACAGAAAACGCGAAAAAAAGACGAGGUUCGAAGAAGUCUAGAUAGGAACCUUUGCCAAACAAUAGAAAUUGCAAUUAAUGGAAUUUUAAAUUGAUGGAGUUAAAAAUUCCAUCAUUUAUAAAUUUCUACGGAUUUCAUAAUUUUC